AACCGCUUUUCUGUAUGACUGCGAUUAUGAACUUUGCACACGCGUAAUGUUCGUCUCAGCAAAGCAGCCGAUCUACAGCACGCGAUGCGUAAAGCUUAAAGUGUUGCUGCUCGCAACCCCUCCGCCAAUGAUGACAGAUAUGACGCAGUUUCUGAGCUCCGUUUUAUGAAUGGGCGGAAAUAUGCGCCCUCUCGAGCUAUUAAAUGAAGUUGUCCGUUCGUGAAAGAAAGUUUGGUCAAUCGACACCGGAGCCUGCUCGGAGACUGAACAGCGGCGUGCCAGGGUACCUAAUAGCAAAAAAAUGAGUGUUGUCUUCUGGAACCCGGAGCUACUGAAAGCAAGGACGAGGCCUCUGUCCAGGCUGCUCCUGGUAUGUGCCCUCCUCUCCCUGUCCCUCGCCCUGCCUCGCACCCACGCCUUCCCCAGCUGCUGCCGUCUCCGCCGCUGCCACUGCCGUCUGCUGGAGCUGCUGUACGGGCCGGGGAACCACGCCGUCGGCAUCCUCACCAUGGGCAAGCGCAGCUCCAGCUUGGGGCAGCAGGGGGCACUCCGGAGCUCAGGGAGAGAGGCCCAGACUGUGGAGACUGAACCCCAGAGGACAGCGGGACACAGCAGAGGGCCCCUGCCUCGUAUCGGGACUCUCGUGACCCGGCGAGGGUUCUGUGACAUGCUGCUCCGCCAGCACCUGCAGUGGUGUCUCUGGGGGUCCCAAAGGGGGGAGUGUGAGACCGUCCUCAUCAGGCUGUGUGUUGCAGUCAGUAGGGGGGUGUAGGGGGUGGGAUUUCAAUUUCAUUCACAAUAACUCCCACUGUCCACCAGAUCCAUGCAAAUUGUCAGAUUGUUUUUCCUUAUGGCAAUUAAUGUAGAGAAUUACAAAAAUAUACAUAUAGACUCUGAAUUCUUACCCCCUUGUGCAUGAAUUCAGAGGCUGACCGGCAGAAUGCAACACCUGUGACAGCUCUGGUCUUAGUGAUGCUUCAAUGAUGUAUCUGCGCAGAGAGGCAGUGUGGAGCAGCAUUAUAUUGAUGAUGAGUUCUAAUCUCCACAAAUCUCUCUCUGCCUCCCUGCGCUCUCAUUGAACCAUCACAGAGCAGAGGAGCCAUCCACACGGGCUCUUGAGCAGGGAGAUGCACUUGUAUCAGUCUUUAAAUGAUGCAUAAAUAAAUAAACACAUGUAUUGUUCAACUUUUAAUCCUCGCAUUUCAUUAAAAUGUGUAACACAAUUGUUCUUUGUUUUGACUGUUUUUUUUUUAUCUCUUUCCGUGUCAUACAAAGUAGCCCACCUUCACAAACCGACUCUGAUUUUGAAAUUAUAAAGUCCUGUUUGUUGAAGUGCUUGUCCUGGUACUGUAUUGUUUGUAUGUGGGUCCCCUUGUCUUGGGCUCCCUAACACUUUCUUUAACUGAGGUCUUCUUUCCUCUCCAUGAUGACAAGGUAUCUUCACAUCACGCACAGGUCCAGGCCUCUGACUGUACAUGUGAAGCUCACAUUAAAAUGUGUUCUGUACUUGCCCUGUAGUCGUGAAGUCUUUGCAGAUCAAUAUCAGGCUGUUCAGGGUGUCUCCCAAUCAGUCACUCGCCUAUUGCAUGUACAUCUCACAUUUAGAAGGGAGUCUUAUUGAUUCAAUUGCAGUGAUGGAG